AAAGCGCGCGUGUGCACAAACUCCAUUCGACUUUGCACUCCUAGACAGCGCAAUUAAAAAAAAAACUGUGGCAAAGCUUGAAGUCCAUAAAACUUAGUGCACUGUGUUCGUAAAAUAUUAUAGUUUUGGGAACAGACAAAUUUAUUGAGAUCAGAUGUUUAAUUGAUGAGGAAAUUGGCAGAAUGUUGGCCUAGUUCCAUCCACUACUGGACUUCCUCUGACUAUAAUAUUUGGUGGUGAGAAAACGUUCUAAACGGAGGCUUCAGCUUUAUAGCCCAUUUGACGUGUCUGGGUUACCCUUUCUGUCGGUGGUCCACAUUUUACACUCUUUGGUUUAGUCGACAUAAUCGAAAAUGGCGGAAUACCUGGCGUCCAUUUUCGGUACAGAGAAAGAUAAGGUGAACUGUUCUUUCUACUUUAAAAUUGGUGCCUGCCGCCAUGGUGACCGAUGCUCCAGGUUACAUAAUAAACCAACUUUCAGCCAGACCAUCGUGACUCAAAACAUCUACCGUAACCCCCAAAACAGUGCGCAGACGGCAGACGGCUCCCACUGUGCCGUCAGUGAUGUGGAGAUGCAGGAGCACUAUGACGAGUUCUUUGAGGAGGUCUUCACAGAGAUGGAGGAGAAGUAUGGAGAGGUGGAGGAAAUGAACGUGUGCGAUAACUUGGGAGACCAUCUGGUCGGAAACGUAUAUGUGAAGUUUCGUCGUGAAGAAGACGCUGAGAAGGCAGUGAUGGAUCUGAAUAACCGCUGGUUCAACGGUCAGCCCAUCCACGCCGAGCUCUCUCCCGUUACCGACUUCAGAGAAGCCUGCUGCCGCCAGUACGAGAUGGGGGAGUGCACUCGAGGAGGCUUCUGUAACUUCAUGCACCUGAAGCCCAUCUCUAGGGAGCUGAGGAGGGAGCUGUACGGACGCCGCAGGAAGAGGGGAGGGGGGCAUCAUUCUCGCUCCCGUUCCAGGGAACGUCGUUCGCGCUCGAGGGACAGAGGAAGGGGAGGUGGUGGUGGUGGAGGUGGAGGUGGACGUGACCGCGAAAGAAGGCGCUCCAGAGACAGAGAACGCUCGGGAAGAUUCUAAACCGAGCAUCUACCAAACAGCCACCCCUCCCAUCUCCAUUAUCACUCUCCAUCCAUCCCCAAAUCCCUCUAUCCUUGCCUCCAUUGCGGCUUAUCAAUUCACCCAUGGCCCUUUCAUGUAAUUGUGUCCCAAUGACAAAUUAAUUGGAAUAUGUUGGACUUGUUUUUUUUUCCUUAUAAUUUUUAUUCAAGAAAUGGAACACUUUCCUUUUCAAUAAAAAAACUAUAUGAUUUGUA